AUGUGGGCUGCAGCGGCUGCCUCUCUGGGCCUGGCCGCCCUCCUGGGCGCCCUGCUGGGGGUGCCCGCGGGCUCGGCGGCCCAGCAGUACCACGGCGAGAAGGGCAUCUCGGUGCCGGACCACGGCUUCUGCCAGCCCAUCUCCAUCCCGCUGUGCACCGACAUCGCCUACAACCAGACCAUCCUGCCCAACCUGCUGGGCCACACCAACCAGGAGGACGCCGGGCUGGAGGUUCACCAGUUCUACCCGCUGGUCAAGGUGCAGUGCUCGGCCGAGCUCAAGUUCUUCCUGUGCUCCAUGUACGCGCCGGUGUGCACGGUGCUGGAGCAGGCCAUCCCGCCCUGCCGCUCUCUGUGCGAGCGGGCCCGCCAGGGCUGCGAGGCGCUCAUGAACAAGUUCGGCUUCCAGUGGCCCGAGCGCCUGCGCUGCGAGAACUUCCCCGUGCACGGCGCGGGCGAGAUCUGCGUGGGCCAGAACACCUCGGAGGCCCCCGGCCGAGCAGGGACAGGGGCCGGCGGCCCCACCGCCUACCCCACCCCCUACCUGCCCGGUCUCCUCACCCCGCCGCCGCCCCACGCCGGCUUCGCCUUCUCCUGCCCCCGGCAGCUCCAGGUGCCCCCUUACCUGGGCUACCGCUUCCUGGGGGAGCGGGACUGCGGAGCGCCCUGCGAGCCCGGCCGCCCCCACGGGCUGAUGUACUUCAAGGAGGCGGAGGUGCGGUUCGCCCGGCUGUGGGUGGGCGUCUGGUCGGUGCUGUGCUGCGCCUCCACCCUCUUCACCGUGCUGACCUACCUGGUGGAUAUGCGGCGCUUCAGCUACCCGGAGCGGCCCAUCAUCUUCCUCUCGGGCUGCUACUUCAUGGUGGCCGUGGCCCACGUGGCCGGCUUCCUGCUGGAGGAGCGGGCGGUGUGCGUGGAGCGCUUCUCAGAGGAGGGCUACCGCACCGUGGCGCAGGGCACCAAGAAGGAAGGCUGCACCAUCCUCUUCAUGAUUCUCUACUUCUUCGGCAUGGCCAGCUCCAUCUGGUGGGUGAUCCUGUCCCUCACCUGGUUCCUGGCCGCCGGCAUGAAGUGGGGCCACGAGGCCAUCGAGGCCAACUCGCAGUACUUCCACCUGGCCGCCUGGGCCGUGCCGGCCGUCAAGACCAUCACCAUCCUGGCCAUGGGGCAGGUGGACGGGGACGUGCUGAGCGGGGUCUGCUACGUGGGCCUCUCCAGCGUGGACUCGCUGCGGGGCUUCGUGCUGGCCCCGCUCUUCGUCUACCUCUUCAUCGGCACCUCCUUCCUGCUGGCCGGCUUCGUCUCCCUCUUCCGCAUCCGCACCAUCAUGAAGCACGACGGCAGCAAGACGGAGAAGCUGGAGAAGCUGAUGGUGAGGAUCGGGGUCUUCAGCGUGCUCUACACCGUGCCUGCCACCAUCGUCCUGGCCUGCUACUUCUACGAGCAGGCCUUCCGCGAGACCUGGGAGAAGACGUGGCUGCUGCAGACCUGCAAAAGCUACGCCGUGCCCUGCCCCGGCCACUUCGCCCCCAUGAGCCCGGACUUCACCGUCUUCAUGAUCAAGUAUCUCAUGACUAUGAUCGUGGGCAUCACCACCGGCUUCUGGAUCUGGUCCGGCAAAACCCUCCAGUCCUGGCGGCGCUUCUACCAUAGACUCAGCAGCGGCAGCAAAGGGGAGACAGCGGUAUGA